GUGAGACGGGAGAAGUGGGAAACGGGGAACGGCGAGAACACGCGGAUUUCGCUGCGGGAGAAGGAAAGAAAAAACAUGCGGUCGACGGUGCUGGUGCCGCGGAGCCUGCGGAAGGCGUCCGUCCCGCCGGCCCUGCUCUCAGACCCGACGCCCGGCAGCCUCCAGCCCACCCGCCUCGCCGCCCAUGUCAACGGUGCCGGCUCCUCAUGCUCUGUCUACCUCGCCUCUGGCUGCCGCGUCUACAGGAUCGAGAUAAGCCUUGGUGGUGCGAUGCUGUCCAAAGGAAAGGAGAGCCUUUUGAUUCCUGAUAAUGCACAGGUCAUAAGUUCGUCAGUUGUGGAUCGCUGCCCACAUCGUUCUGAGAUCCAGAGUGUAUCUCUCGCAGAGGGCGAAGAUGACUGUUUGAUUCUUGGAACGGUUGACUCAUAUGGUCACCUUAUUGUAUCCCGUUUGGACAUUGUGGCUGAUGACAUUGACAGGACGUCCUAUUCAGUACCACCUCGUGAUUGUGGUGUUGGGGAAGGCAGUUGGGCUGGGAUAUGCUUUAGCCCAAUGCAGCAAUCCAUGGUAGCUGUAGCUCGUGAGUUGUGCAAGACCAUUGAUAUCUAUGAUCAAGACAUUCAUGUUCGCAGUUUACGCACGUUAUGGUAUCCAUCUUCAUUUAGCUUUGUUCAAUGCUCGCCACAAGUGAAUGGAAGUAGUUCUCUCUUGGCAAUUGCGGAAGGUUCUCAGCUGAGCAUCUGGGACAUAAGAAUGAAUAAUAAUGGAGGAUGCAUACAACGCAUUUCUGGAUCAGUUGGCGACACUAUAUACUCCACAUGUAGUUCACCCUCAGGACUGAUUGCUAGUGGCGGAACUGAUCGUGCUGUCACCAUCUAUGAUCCUCGCAGGUGGUCUGCUCUGUCAAGAUGGGUGGGCUGCUCCAAGUAUGAGAUUACAGGUCUUUCGUUCUCAUCAGUUGACCAAUCUUUUAUCUACGUCCAAGGUGUUGAUUAUGAGAUUACCUGUGGACAUUGGAAACAAAGUGAGCGAGCAUUCUCAUUUCGAGGGGAUUCCAACUGGUUGGGGUUUUCAAAGUGUGCCAACAAUGAUGUGAUAGCAGGGUGGUGCGAGUCUGGAAGUAUCUUCAUUGCUGAUGCUAGGCAGCUAUAGGAUCAAUAUCCCUAUUCAUCUGAUGUCCUGGAUGGAGCCUCGUAAGUAACCAGGGCAUUUGUAUGUGUUGUGUUUUUUCAUUUCUGUAAGAACGCGAUGUUUACAGGAAGAACUGUACUUAACUCUCCGGUACCCAGUAGCAUGUGAACUCAUGCUCAUAGGCCAUUAUGGUUCUUGAAAAACGUGAUUAUUCCAGAUUUCAUCCAGCAAAUUGAAUUGAAUUGAGUUGAAUUUAGUCACCAGAAGGUGUAUUGGGAUGUACA